GCUAUAUAGAUCCUAACAUCACCUAUGACCAUUUAGGUUUUUCUCUCUUUUCUUCAUGAAACACAAACAGUUACAAGUAAUAAGAAACUAAACCAUGAAAACUCUUACCUUAAUUCUCACAUUCAUCAUCAUCACUACCUUCUCACAUGCAACACCAACAUUAAUCACUCAGUUUCAACCACAAAUGAAUCAAUCUUCUAUGCUUAACCAAACUCAUCAACAAAAUGAGACUAAACAUAGUGGUAGCUGCAACUACAUGGUAAACAUAAAGACAAGCUGCAACUCUCCAUCAUACACAAAAGAUGAAAUCAGUCUUUUAUUUGCAGAUGCUCAUGACUCACAGGUUUAUGUUCCAAGACUGGAUGAUCCUGAUUCUGGAACAUUUGAGCAGUGCACAACAAAUGAAUUGGAAAUAUUGGGACCAUGUAUCAAGAAAAUAUGCAAACUGUAUCUAUUUAGGAAUGGAACAGAUGGUUGGAUUCCAGAGACUGUUACAGCAUAUGACUAUGAUAAUCCACCUGUCAAAUUUUACUAUAAUGUUGAUAUUCCCAAAGAUGCUGGCUAUGGUUACAACUAUUGUGAUAAAGCUUAGUGUUAAUUAUUUUCUUUGAAUAAUAGUAUUAUUAAGAGUCGUUCUUGGUUGUAACAAAGGUAAGGUUAUGUUUCUUUUUAUUUGUUUUUAAUUUUGUUAGUUUUAAUUGAAUUAUUUGCCCCUUUUGUGACAAUGAUUUCUUUUCUUUUUUUUUUUG